AUGGCCAAGGUCCACAGAAUUGGCUUCACUCGGCUGGACCCUACCGUAGGAAAAGAAGGAAGGCACACCUCGAACAUCAUUUUCGUACACGGGCUACGAGGCCACCCCUUGCGGACGUGGGGCGACGACGUGGACAACACGAGCGCUGACAACGCAUCCUCAUCGCUGCGAGCCACUUUUCGAAAGCGGUGGGGCAAAACGAGGCACGGCGCUUCGGAAGACACCUCGGACACCCGCGACGCAGCCCAACGACACCCUUUCUGGCCACGCGACCUGCUGGCGGACGACCUUCCCAACGCGAGAAUAUGGACCGUGUCGCAGUAUGGACGGGACUUUGCCAUUAAGUUCGAGCGGAAGCUGGAUGAUCAGGAACCCAUUAUCUUUGUGGCACAUAGCCUCGGCGGCAUUAUCGUGAAGGAUAUUAUUAGCGACUUUUCGUCUUCGCUCGGCUUACCGGACGAAAAGAUCGAGAUCAUCGACGCGGACUAUCGGCAGAUGGUCAAAUGCACGGGGCCGUGUUUCUUAGUCCCGUUCCCAGAGAACAAGCGGUUUGUUGGGCGCAUAAAAACACUCCAACGACUAGGGAAGAUGCUGUUCGACGACGAAAUCCAGAAGGCCGCCAUCGUCGGGCUUAGCGGAGUAGGAAAAACGCAGGUGGCGUUGCAGGUGGCGUACUGGGUCAAGGAGACCAAACAGGACUGGUCGAUCCUCUGGAUACUAGCACUCAGCAUGGCAGGCUUCGAGCAAGCCUGCGCGGAGAUAGCCAGGGACCUUGGCCUCGAAGGGCCCAGCCGGGAUGACCCGAAAGAGCUGGUGCGACGCUACCUCUACUCGGCUCAGUCUGGCCGUUGGCUUCUUAUCGUUGACAACGCCGACGAUAUAGACCUAUUGCUCGGGACUUCGAAUUCCAUUGGGAUCCAUAGCUACCUUCCAAGAAAUACUCACGGUCGCAUCCUGUUCACGACACGCUCGACAGACGUAGCGCGGGCUAUCGUUGACGACGACUUCAUCCACAUAUAA